ACGGGGUAUAUAAACCUCUCCGUGGGAGCUACUAUAAGCUGACGGUCCUGUCAACUACUCUUUCCAUGCUCGCUAAGCCCAUUAUAAACACCCAGUCUUUCGACUAUGGGGUCAUUAAACCGCUUCUAAUCAAGCAAUUCAAACCUAUGUCACAGCUAUUCAACAAAAUCAAUGAAGCAAGAAAGCUUCUCCCAAUGGCAUUGAGCACAGGGAUAAAGAUUUGCCACCCAUUGUUUCUUAGUAGUUAAUCUGUGUAGCAACAGUCAGCUUAAUAUCUCGCGUUUUCCACUUAUUGAUUUGACAAAUGUUCGAAUUCAGAUUUGUUUCUUGGGAGUGAUUUGAUGGAGUCUUGUUAAGUAUGAGUUAACUGUUUCGGGGUCAGUUGAUAAUGUCGUAGAACAGAGGGUCGUGUAGGAUUGUCAUCCUGCUGAAGAAGAUCUGGAAACACGGAAUAUCGCAAACACUUGUCUAGAGCAAGACUACCACUCUACUUAACAGGAACGUCGAUGUCAAAUGUUUCCAGCUCUGUCUUGAGAAUAAUAUUGACAUAGAACCUGUUUGUGCAUUGAGAGGACAGAUUGAUUGUUUUUGUGUAAACAGUGGACUGGUUUCUGUGAUAUAUAUUACAGGAGGGUAACAGGUUGUACGGAAUUUAUGAGAUCAAAUUUCUUAUAAGUUACAAAGGAUAAAUACAUGUUUCUAAAUGUGAUAUUUACUGAAAGGAUUGCUAGUGCGUUGGGGAUCAAAGUCAGUUUUGUUGAAUUAUUCCAAUAAGCUGCGUGUGGACAUACUUCACCUUGGAGUCAGGGAGAUUCAGAACUUUUAAGGAUUUCUGCCAGUGAGAGUGGUCUGUUUGGUCAACUGAAGGCAUUUUUCUCCCAAUAUCGGUGAUUGAAAUUCGGCGUGAAGAUGGCUGACUUGGAUUUCCAGACCAACCCCAUCUAUCAGAUCACUGGAGUGCCUGAUGCUGUCAAGAUGAACCAGCUGCAGAACCUGCUCCAUGACGCCCUCAUCUCCACCGAUCAUGUGCAGCAGUGCGCCAUCGUCCGCCGCAAGGACUGCACCGUGAGGGCUAGCUCUGUUGGCUUCAAUCUGUACCCGGACCAGGUGCAGAUGCUGCUGGAUGCCUUCAAGAAUCCCCCUCAGACUCGUGAGGAGGGCAUCUACUUCGAUGACAAGCAGUACAAGUGUGUGCGAGCUGACAAGAACUCAAUAUAUGCCAAAUGUCACAAGAAAGGGUUGAUCCUGGUGAAGACUGUCUCCCUCCUACUCGUGGCCACGUACACUGAGAACAUGUUCGCCAGCGUCUGUGUGGAGGCCGUGGAGAAACUAGCUGAAUACUUCAAAGAAAAGGGAAAAUAAAAGAGAGACUGUGUGUGUGAUUGAGAUGGUGCUGGUGUCAGCAAUAUUUUAGCACGUGUUUGAAAGAGGAACUGACAUCUUUACUGAGUGAUGGCUAGAGGUAGUGAGCAGAGCUCCAGAUAAGCUGCGUAUCUGAGUAAAAUAUGCAUCAGAAAUGCAGAAAUAUGCAGUAAAAUCAAAUCCAAGCGUAUCAAAUACGCCACGAACAUUACAGAUACGCUA